GGAGGCUCCACCUUAGCAACCCGAUCCGGGGCUGUAAAUAGACAGCGCGGCAGAGGCGGCUUACGCCGAGCGAGGAUGUGCGUGCUCACAAGCUGGAUUCUUUGACUCGUUCUUCUUUAUUUUUCGCGUCUUUGGAAGAUGCUGCACCUGCUUUCAGUAAUGCCAGGAUUCCAGUGGGUUUAGUGCUUGGGGCCGGGGGAUCAGAGAGGGUGGGAGGUGAAGGGAACUGCAGUUGCUCUGAGGGGAGGGCUGAGCAGAAAAGGACCAGUUGCCUGCAGACAAUCUCUUGAAAGAACAGUUGUGGUCAUCUGGGACCAAGAUCAUGGGACUAUUUGACAAACUAGCUGGCUGGCUUGGUUUAAAGAAGAAGGAGGUUCAUGUGCUGUGUCUAGGGCUGGACAAUAGUGGAAAAACGACUAUUAUUAAUUACUUAAAACCUUCAAAUGCUCAAGUACAAGACAUUGUUCCAACAAUUGGAUUCAGCAUAGAGAAUUUCAAGACCUCUGGCCUGUCUUUUACAGUGUUUGAUAUGUCUGGCCAGGGAAGAUAUCGGAACUUAUGGGAACACUAUUAUAAGGAAGGCCAGGCCAUCAUUUUUGUUAUUGAUAGCAGUGACAAGUUGAGGAUGGUGGUUGCAAAAGAAGAGCUUGACACACUUCUUAAUCAUCCAGACAUUAAACACAGACGAAUUCCAAUUUUGUUUUUUGCAAAUAAGAUGGACCUCAGAGAUGCUUUGUCAUCUGUUAAGGUUUCUCAGAUGUUGCGUUUAGAAAAUAUCAAAGAUAAGGCAUGGCAUAUUUGUGCUAGCGAUGCUAUAAAAGGAGAAGGACUACAGGAAGGUGUUGAUUGGCUCCAAGGUAUAGAUCAAAUCAAAGCAAUGAAGACAUGAAACAAUAAUAGCACAUGAAGGCCUCUGGUACAUGUAGCAGAAUGAGACUUGGCAGCAGCUCAAGAGUUGAACUUUGUCCCAGAUACAUCUUAUCAUGUUGUGGACUAAACUUUAAAUCUGUCUUUGAAAUGUAUACUUGAGAAUGAAAAAUAAUGUACAUAGUCAAAAUAAUGUGUAAUAUUUUUACAUAAUGUAGAUUUUGCUAAGAACCAUAUUAAGGAAUUAAACAAUAGGUCUGGAAGGAGUACUUUUUGUUCAAGUACUUACCAUUGGGAAAACCCCCUGAGAAUUUACUUUUUGAUAGUUUCUGGAAAGAUCAGAAGUGCCACAUAUAAAGAGUGCUUGUCAGCUUGCAGUAACCCAGUCACUAAGGUGGAGUGGCCUCAUGCAAUCACAAGCUGCUUCCUGCCAAACUAUAGGAAGCAUAUCAUCAGACCUGUCUUUGUAUUUCUUGGAUCCUUGGCAACCACUUUACAGCCUACUUUCAGGUUGGUCUGAAGUUUGUUCACCGCCGAGCUGCACGAGCAAUUCCUUUGGAAAAGGCUGGACAAUAAGUGUGAUUAGUGUAAAUGAGUGGUUGAUAGUCAGCAUAGACUCAGUGAGCAUAGGGCCUGGUUCUGUGCUGUAUCUCUCUUCACUCUUUGAGAAGGGAAUCAAUUUAAAGCUCUUCAUGCAGUUAAAUUAUCUAAAAAAAACAAAUCAGAAUACCGGAAUUAAAAAAAAAUCCAUCCAGACUUGCCAUGACGUUUGUGAAUAGAAACAUUUACUAAAAUAUGUAUAUUCAAAAUGUGAUCCUUUUCUCUGAAUGUAUAGUUCUAUGGAGGAUGGUGGAAAUAAGUAUGAAUAUUGCAGAGGUCUCCUGCAUCUGUUUUGUUAGGUCACUCAAACUAAAUGCACUUUUGUGUGAUUCACUUUUACAACCCACUAAUCUUUAAAGAGUUUUGAUUAUUACUGAAUAUAUUUGGGGUUAAUGUUAUGAAAAAAAGGAAAUCGAAUCCAGUAAAGAACCAUGCUUUUUGUUGACCUAAGCCUAUCUUGCAAACAGAAAAUAAACUAAAGCAAGUCA